AUGACUUCUAUAAAGGAGCAGGCAGCAAUCAGCCGGCUCUUGAGCUUUUUACAGGAUUGGGACAAUGCUGGCAAAGUCGCCAGGAGUAACAUCCUCAACAAUUUCAUCGAAGCCAACCAAGGCAAGACUGCCCCUGAGCUGGAGCAGGAGUUUUCCCAGGGAGCCAGCUUGUUCCUCGUCCGCCUGACCACCUGGCUGAGACUCACCUACAUGACUGGUUCACCUUUAGAUAAGCUGCUCAGGUCCAUUGGCGUCUUCUUAUCAGCUGUAAGCAGUAAUCGAUACCUCAUAGAGUUUCUUGAGGUUGGAGGGGUCCUAACACUCUUGGAAAUACUUGCGCUGAAUAAGAUCACGGAGGAGGACAAAAAGGAAUCCAUCAAGCUACUUCAGGUGAUUGCAAACUCUGGCAGGAAGUACAAGGAGCUCAUCUGUGAAAGCUAUGGUGUACGAUCCAUAGCAGAAUUUUUGGCAAAGUCCAAGUCAGAAGAGACUCAGGAAGAAGUCCAGGUCCUGUUGGAUUCUUUGAUCCACGGUAAUCCCAAGUACCAGAACCAAGUGUACAAAGGUCUGAUAGCUCUGCUGCCCUGUGCGUCCCCAAAAGCUCAGCAGCUGGCCCUGCAGACACUCAGGACUGCCCAGUCAAUCAUCGGGACCACACACCCCAGCAUCGUGGACUGCAUACUGAAGGUGCUAUGCACGAUGCACUUGGAAGUCCAGUAUGAAGCCAUCGAGCUGAUCAAGGACCUGGUCAACUACGACGUGCGCCCGGCGCUGCUCAAGGGCCUCGUAGCGCUCCUGAUACCGUCCUUCAAGGAGACCAGCAAACUGCACUCCGAGAUCGUCAGCGACUCUUCGGUCCUCGAGCUCACCGCCCACCUGCCCCUGUUUUUGCAGCAGGCCGCGGCCGCCAAGGCCAUCGGGAUCCUGGCGCGCCACAACACGACCCUGGCCGAGGAGAUGCUGCACCUGCGGGUGGUACACAGCCUGAUGGCCGCCAUGGGCAACACGGAUCACAGCAACAGCCAGCGGCAGGCCAGCCUCACGCUGGAGUACUUCGUGGAGUUAUUCCCGGUGGUGGAGGAGCACGUGCGCAAGACCAUGGGGGAGGAACUCUACAAGCUCUUCCUAAGCAAUGCCGAGAAUCUGUACAUGAAAAUAGAUAGCAUUCAGGCGGACAUCCUGGCGGCCAACAAAGUCAAUGUCGCCAGAGCGCUGCACCUCAGCGGCCUCUCCUGCAGCAACAUGAGCUUUUACGUUGGCCAUUCUAAUGAGGAUCAGGUGGCCAACAUCACACACUUCCAGAAGGAGGACGUGGAAGAAAAGGAGUAAGAGGAAAAAGGAGCCCUGGAGGCAAGCCAGGGAGCCAAGGCUCUGUGGCAGGGAAGCCUGGCAGAAAGGAGGAGUCCCAGUCAAGCUCCUGUAGACUCCUCUUAGCCUCCGUGGGAAGCUGGGGGUUCUGCCCCCCAGUGGUGGAGAGAGAGAGUCGGCUGGGAAGUCUUCAAUAAACAAGUCUUGCUGUCUGUCGUGUCCAUGUGUGGAGGGCAGAGGGAGAUCCAGUGAGAGCUGUGAUGAUGGACCAGGGUGUCUCUGCUCAUCAAGGAAAAAAGCUGGUCAGAAGGGAAGGACCACCAACCUCCUAGAAGAUUCAAGGAGGUAUCGUGAGGAGUGGGCCUCACCUCCAGUCCCUACUGGCCCUGCACUCUCACCUCCAGGACACCACACCCACCUGGAUUCUCUCCUGCUUCUCUGGUUGCUUUCUUUCAUUCUCUUUGCUGAUUGAUCAUGCAUGCAGGCUCAGUCAUGUCCAACUGUUUUCGAUCCCAUGAACUGUAGUCCACGCCAGGUUCCUCUUUCCCUGGGAUUACCCAGGCAAGACUGGAGAGGGUUGCCAUUUCCUCCUCCAGGACAUCUUCCCAACCCAGGGAUUGAACCCACAUCACUGUGUCUCCUGCAUCACAGGCGGAUUCUUUUCCACUGAGCCACCUGGGAAGCAUUUUUAUGGAUUCCUCC